AUGGAUGUGGAAGACGUUAUUUCCCGCCAUCGGGCUCGUCUCGAGGAGUACCGCAAGUUUCUGGACACUAGUGAGGCAAGUAGCACACAGCCACCCAAAAGCCCCAAUGGAGGCGGCAGCGAUGCAUUGAGGACUGCUACACCGUUGAAUGCUGUGGAGGGGGAGGCCUUUUCGCCGCUGCCUGUGCGGCCAGGCAGUGAGGCGCGUGGUGGUGUCUUGUUGUCGCCCUGCAUCACCUCCAUUUCACCCGUGCUGAAGAAGACGGGAUGCGUUGACGGUGGGCGUGACAGGAAACUGCAGCGCGGGGAAUCCGCUAAUAACGCAGGUGAGGAAAGGCGGCUUCAGUGGCCGCGAGAGCUGAACACUUUUCCUGGAAGUGCAGAUCCCAUGCCUGAAGGGUGGAAGGCUCAGACGGGUUCUCGUGGCGGAGUGGCGGAGACUCAUAGUGGGGCCGCGUUGUGUCGAGCCUUUAGCGGUCCAGCUGUGGCUCUCAGCGGCAAGCACAGAAACAUUCAUGAUUGGCUCACUGAAGAAGAGCGUUUUUUUAAUGCCCAAGUGAAGGCCGCCGGUCGGUACUACGUGACAAGACCCGACGCCAUGUACGCCAAGUCACAGUUGUGGCUUGAGGGCCGAGAGCGGUCGCUUCAACAGCUGCAGCAGGAGUUUCUGCGUGAUAGCCUUGAAGAGUGUUCAUUUCAACCGCAGGUGGCAACGUUGCGGAGUCUACCGCGUUGGCGGAGCUCCACGCAUGCCGACUCAGACCUUUGCGAGGACCCGAGUGUUGUUGCCCACCUGGAGCGAAUGGAGGAGGCACGACAGCUGCGUGCGAAGGCGGAGAGGCGCCUAAAAGGCAGCAAUGCGGGGACUUGGACGAACUCCGUCACAGUGCCGAGGCAGUUUGAAUUCGCCAAGAAGGUUGCUGUGAUUCCGUCACUGCGCAAGCCGCUUCUGAACGUCAUUCCACUGUACCAUGACAAAAAGUCGAAGGAGGGAGAGGCGUCGCACACUGACAGCAAUUGCGCGGGCGCUGUAUGUGAGAGUCAUGCCCCUGCGACUAUGGUGGCCCCAUCCCAGCGCGAACCGCGCGAUGGAGGACGGGAUAAAGAGGAGGAGGAAGAGGAGGCAGUGACUGCGGUGGGGGGAAGUACACCUAAUGUGGGGGAAAAUGGUGGUGCCACUGUGACGGGUGACACGGCCGUGUCGCAGCUGGAGUUGGUGUCGCUGUUGGAGGCCACCGUUGCGCACCUCAAGGAGGAGCUGGCGAACAAGGAGCAGCUGCUGCAGACUCAGAGAAGGGAGUUGGCGUUGCUGUCACGGGAGCUGGAGGUGGCCAAGGCAACGGUGCGGCGCCUUUCCCUGCAGGACGUUGUGAAAAUCGAGGAGAAGAGGUCUACGACACCUGAUCUGGCCUUACCUCUGGAGUGCGAGAUGAGCGGUGAAUCCAAUGCGUGA